AUGCCCGAGGCACCCCAUGGGUGCAAGGCCGCCCCCGGAGCGGCCCCCGGCACCGGAGCGGCCCCGCCGGGACGGCCCCGCGCCCGCCGAGGGCUCACCUACCCCGGGACUCUGUGGUGCGGUGCGGGCAGCAACGCGGAUGCCUACGAGCAGCUGGGGGAACACCGGGAUACGGACCGGUGCUGCCGGGACCAUGACCACUGCCAGCACGUCAUCCACCCCUUCACCGCCCGCUACGGGUACCGCAACCUGCGCUGGCACACCAUCAGCCACUGCGACUGCGACCGCAGGCUGAAGGAGUGCCUGAGGCGGGUGAACGACACGGCCUCGCGGGUGGUGGGACAGGCCUUCUUCAACGUCAUCCAGGUGCCCUGCUUUGAGUUCGUCUACAAGGAGGAGUGCGUGGAGCCCUACCUCUAUGUCUGGUGCAAGGCGUACAACACGGUGGCCAUUGCGGUGCCCAGGGAGCCGGUGCUGUACGAGUUCGGCGGGGAGCUGAUCGACCGGGCAGCGAGGCCCAGGGGGGUCCCUCUGAGCCCCCCGUGGAACAGCGUGGGUGGAGGAGCUGUCCCAGUGGAGCAUCACGUGCCUGCCCGCCCGCUGUCCCCCCCCAAAGCAGCCAAGAAAGAGAGGAAGGGGAAGAAGAAAGACAAGAAGAAGAAGGGGAAAGGUCUGAAAAAGAAAGGCCCUUCCAAAAACACGGAGCCGAGCCAUCCCACAGCUGCUGCCCCCGCUCAUCCCACUGCGGGGCAGCACCCACGGGCCCCGCUGCUGGACCUGGAGGAAGCGGCCAACGCCAUCCUGAGCGAUGCCCCGGCAUGGGAGGGCUUGGGCAGGGAGCCAGCACCGGCCACCCCAUCCCCGCUCCCCACCGCCAGCGGGAAGAGGAGGAAGAAGGAGAGAAACAGAAAGAAGAGGCUGAAAAGCAAAGCUGUGGCAGAGCCUGUAUGAGAGCCGCGGCCCUGACUCCCCCCUUGCCCCGCGCGGGUCUUGGCUGUGUAAUAA